CACCGCCGGCCACUUUUCCCAGUGUACAACACGAUUGAUGUUCGCUCCAAGAUGUGGAUGCUGGGCAUAGGACAGCCGAAGAGGGUUCCGCCCCUAACCCGAGCCAUGUCCAUUAAAAUGGGCAGUGAUAUACUGGGCGAGCUAUUCAUAUUUAUAAUUGGUGUUUCCUUCAUAUUGAACGAGUUUGCGAGGCAAGCGCGAAACGACGCGCAGAAACAUGAAAGGCACAAGAAGAAAAGGGAGGAGCUGAAUAACAAAAUUGUCGAAUUGAACGAGCGAAUUGCUCGUCAAGACAGAGAAAUUGUGCAUCUCAAAGGCAAAAUCAAAGAAAUAAGAUAUGAUCGAUAGCGUCGUUUGACUUGAUCUGAGUGGGCUAGGAAAUGCCAGUCUUUCCAUUUUUUGAUUCGUUCAAAAGUAUGUUCAAAAUUUGCAGUUUUCAAGAUGGUAAUUGGUACGUUUCCCAUUGGCAAGGUCUUCAUUUUUACCAUGAAGCAAAU